CCUUUGUCCACCACUCCCGCUACUCCUUCUUCUCCACUAAAGCACUUGACUCAAGGCACAAACAAGUGUUUACUGCAGGUCACAUCUGUGUAGAGAAAGAGGUCCUUGUCUAAUAAUGCUCAUUGGUAUUUGUGGUCCCAUCUGCGCGGGCAAAGCAACCGUAGCAGAUUAUCUGAUCAAAAAACACAACUUCACCCCUCUCACAAUCAAACGAGACGACAAGACUCCCUCAAUUGAGAAGUCGGCAAACUUUGCACAUUGGACAUCUGCUGCUCUGGAAUUCCCUACUGCCCUCUUAUUGGAUCAAUAUGUCUCUGAGAAUUGGAGGGAAAACUAUGUCCUGACUACCAUCUGGAACGAAGCUGUUCUCGAUACACUGGCCAAGCGACCUCACUUUGUUCUUCUGAGCAUCGAUGCACCUAUUAGUGUACGAUGGCAACGCUUCCGUGAGAGAUGUGCCCAAGGAAACCAGGAGCCUCCUGCUUUGGACGACUUUGUCCUACGCAACGACGACCAUCUUUACGACCCUCAGUCCAGUCUGGCUGCUCUAUCAUCCAGAGCGCAAAUCAGGAUUCUGAAUCCGACAACCACCAUCCCCCAACUGCAAGCUUCACUCGACGCUCUAAAUUUGCUCGAUCCUGCCAGGAUGAGACCGACCUGGGAUCAAUAUUUCAUGCAGCUGGCCGACCUCGCUGCUCGACGAAGCAAUUGCAUGAGAAGGCAGGUCGGAUGUGUUCUCGUCCGCGGGAAGCGUGUCAUCAGUACCGGCUACAACGGUACUCCUCGAAAUGUUACAAACUGCAACGAGGGCGGAUGUGCUCGUUGUAACACCAGCAAAGGUGGCGGCACUGGGUUGAGCACAUGCUUGUGUCUUCAUGCUGAAGAGAAUGCCCUGCUCGAGGCCGGGCGUGAGCGCGUGGGCGAUGGUGCUGUGCUAUAUUGCAACACUUGCCCUUGUUUGACAUGUAGUGUCAAGAUCGUGCAAGUCGGUAUCACCGAGGUUGUUUUUAGUCAAAGCUACCAUAUGGAUACCCAGAGUGCAAAGAUCUUCCAAGAAGCUGGGGUGCACCUGCGACAAUAUGCUCCGGUAGGCAUCUCAAGCCUGUGACACUUCUUCCGCUGACCGUAUACAGCCACGAGAGGGUCUUGUCAAUCUUUGUGACCUCGGCAUCGCGGAUCCUGAUAAAGCAUGAUGAAAGAUACGACGACAGCAAAAUGCCCAUAAUCAUCCAUCGAUUGACUCAUACUGUACAGAUUAUAACAUGACCAGAGUACAAGGUGGUUGUAUCAUGG